UCAAAAUGGCGUCCCCCGGUAUGCACGCAGGGCGUCAUAUUCUUAAUAACAGUUUAAGGUUUCUGAAUAAUUUGGAGCAAACAUGUCUUCGAAGAAAUAUUGCAUGGACGGCAUCUGCACUCCAGAAAAUUGCAGUUGCAUCAGAGGGAUCUUCAGACGAAAUUGUCAUUCCUAGAAAGAAAACAUGGAGUAAAGAAGCUGUGUUGCAGGCACUUGCAUCUACAGUAAAAAGGGACCCUACAGCAGCGCAUUACAUGUUCCAGGAUGACCCAUACCUCACCCCAAGAACUUCCGGAGAAUUUAAACUAUACUCUCUCUCGCAAGAGUCUGGUAAAGGUGCCGCCAAAUACUUUAUCAACUCAAACCCCAAGUUUUUCCAGAAGGACUUUGCGGAACCGCAUAUUCCAUGUCUGAUGCCAGAGACCUUCCAGCUCCAGAUUGAGGAAGUAUCUGAGGCUGCACUGGUGGAGCGCAUCCUACUGAGGAAGGUCAAGGCUGCUGUGGACAUGUACGAUCAGCUAGUGCAGUCUGGCACUACAUUGCCACUGGAUCUCACCAAUGACCUGUUGGACCUGAUCUGUCUCUAUGGUGACCAGGACCCAAAGACAGAUGACAGUGAUCCUGAACAAAAAACAGAGGAAGUGGAGGAGGUCCAAGAUGACCCCAGGAAGAGGAAAGGGAGAUUACGCAGAGCAUCAGACUUCAUAAAGGUCAUUUGGAGAGAGAAUAACAAUGCUGAAAGGAUAUUUAACCUCAUGCCAGAGCGGGACAGUAGAUCAUAUGGGGCACUGGUUCAAGGAAUGGUUAAGCAUGGGGCCUACAGCAAGGCAUUCAAUGUCUACACAGACUUGCAGAAUAAUCGGUUGACAGCUGAUGUGAACACCUUCAACGCCCUGAUUUCAGCUGCCCCUGAGCUAAGGGAGAAGUACGCUGAGAAAUGGGAGCUGAUUUUGGAGCUGCUGAAGCAGAUGGCGGAACAGAAGGUGCGGCCGAACCUGCUGACGUUCAACGCCGUGCUGAAGGCCCUGAGACGCUGCGGCUCCAUGGCCAGAUCACAGUCCCUCCUCAUCAUCGGAGAGAUGAAGGCCCUCGGCAUCACACCAAGUUUGGCUUCAUAUGACCACAUCCUAGGCAUUUUCUUUAAAGCAGCUGCCUCUUCUCAAGGUCAUACGGAGAUCCUACAGGAUGUGCUGAAUGAAAUUUCUGGAAAAAGCUUUGAGCCCCAGGACCCAGAUGAUGUGAUGUUCUUCCUGAACGCCAUGAGAGUUUGUCUGGAUCAUAAGGACUUGGAGCAGGCCUACAGGGUCCACAGCCUACUGCAGGUGGGAGACAACUGGAGACUGAUGGGAGAUUCCUACCAACAGAGUGUGUACUAUGGCAGAUUUUUCAACCUGCUGUGCAUGAUGGAGCAAAUAGAUGUGGUCCUGAAGUGGUACAAGGAGCUGAUCCCAUCUCUGUAUUAUCCAAACUCUCAAGGAAUGCGAGAUCUACUUCAAGCACUUGACACAGACGGCAGACUUGAUCUCAUCCCACAGAUAUGGAAAGAUAUCAAACAGCUGGGUCAUGAUAACAAGGUGGAUUUAGUGGAGGAGAUGCUGUCUCUGAUGGCCAGGGAGAAGCAGAGUCCUGAGGUUCAGCAGUCCUUUGCACAGUGUGCCCUGGAUGUGAAGAGGCGCUACAUUCCUAAUGACUUUGGCAAAUCAGUUCUGGAGUGGACAGCCAAUUCUCUGGGCAGCAUCACAUCUGUACUGUUAGCAGCCCAGGAAAGGCAACAAGCAUGGGAGAUGCUGAAGCUCUUCAAGGCUAGUAACAGAGUCCCAACCGAUGCCCUGAUGGAGGACUUCCUGUCGAGUAUAAAGGAGGUUCAGGAUGCUGACCAAGCUGUGGAGCUGGUGCAGCUGGCGGCCACCUACUGCCUCCCCGUCACCCCAACGCUCAUAGAGCGGGUCGAGCAGGAGUUUGAGCUGACCAAGGAUCACAAGGCAACUCUGUCAUCACUGGAGUUUUCUUCUGACGAUAGCAAAUGAGGGAAGCAGGGGACUGCUUCAAGUGAUUUAACUGUUACCAGUGCACGAUCAUUUAAUGAUGUAUGUUGAGAGCUCUGUAUAAUAAAGAAAUUGAUUAAUACCAAUCCCAUGA